AUGGAGGGGGUGGGCGCCGCCGCCGGAGUGACAAGCGGCGAGGGGAGGUGGCCGCCGGAGCCGGAGCGGCUGCCGGCGCGGGCUCAGAGCGGGGAGCGGCGUAAGGGAGGCCUUACGUCUAUCAUUCAGCCGGCGAGGCUCACCACCAUCCUUAGGCUACUGUCGUUCAUGCUCGUUUCUUGUGGAGUCAGCAGCGUCCGCUGCUCCUCCUCGACGACAACGACAGUCCAUGAUAAUAGCACUGACAUGAUCUCAUUGUUGGAUUUUAAGCGUGCCAUCACCAAUGACUCAAGACAAGCCUUGAGAUCUUGGCACGUCGGCGCCCCUCUUUGCAAAUGGAAGGGUGUCGUCUGCAGCGGCCCCAAGCACCCGGACCGAGUCAUCGAGCUGAACCUUAUGAACCUAUCGUUGUCGGGCACGAUUUCACCGUCCCUCAGGAACCUAACAUUCCUUAGGAGACUGGAACUGUCCCAUAAUGGCUUCAUCGGCGAGAUACCUCCUUUUAGCCGUCUCCAAAGAUUGGAGUACCUUGACUUGUCGGACAACUCACUACGAGGGAUCAUUCCGGAUACUCUUACAAACUGCUCCAAUCUAUGGUACCUAUUCCUGUCUAGAAACUUACUAAUAGGAGAAGUUCCCAGCGGCAUAGGCCGCCUAUCCAAUCUAGCGUGGUUACAUCUUGCCUUCAAUAAUCUCACUGGAGAAAUCCCACCAAGCCUAAAAAACAUCAGUCAGCUUAAAACUAUCUCGCUUGUUAGUAAUAAGCUCACUGGAACCAUUCCUGAUGAGUUGGGAAAACUCCCAAAUCUUUAUUAUUUAGACCUUGCUGAAAAUAUGCUAUCAGGUGGAAUCCCGGAAGCCCUGUACAAAUAUAAUCAGUCUUCUCUCCAAAUUUUACGGUUGGGUUCCAAUAUGCUUGGGAAAACACUGCCAUCUAACUUUGGUGAUACCCUCCUGAAUCUCGACGAACUCUAUUUGGACGAAAACAAUUUUGAAGGCCAUCUCCCAGCGUCACUAGGCAAUAUUUCAGGGCUAUUUGAGUUGGACAUGUCGUUCAACAAUUUCGUUGGUCAAGUUCCAAGUUCUUUUGGUAACCUUGGAACAUUAUAUUACCUAAACCUUCAGCAAAACAAUUUGUUGGGUUGUAUCCCAAUAGAGCUUGGCAGCUUAAAGCAGCUCAAUCAUCUGGAUAUGUCUGAUAACAGUCUGCAAGGUGGAGUGCCAUGA